CGUGCGAUCUCUGGGAUGAUUUGAUCGGCUUUGUUUUUAACCUAACUAACCAAAUGUUUCGCCGAUUUGGUUAACGUUAAUUUUCAAAUUAUGGGGGAUAUUAAACAAAAUUGUCGAUUAAUUCUCUAUUGGAUUUUUUCAACCUACGUGUUAGUCGAAUCUUCAAAAUUGAAUGUACCACGUGUUUUACUUCCAAUUUUCAAAGAUUUCAAUCCUAAUUUCACCUUGGAGGCAACUGAGGAAGAUGAUAGUUGUUUCAAAUGGAAAACUACACUACCUGAAUCUGUAAAACUGAUACCGAUCGAAGAAGACCCAUUCUUAAAAUGCUCAAAGAAACUUAUAGUAACUGCUACUGGGAAAGUUAGCGUUAAAACAAUUGCCAUUGUUGUAGCCGAAGAUAUUAACAGUGAUAACACUUUGAGAUGUGUUGUUACAUUUGAUCAUAUUGCAGCAUUGACUGUUGUAUCCAAAACAAGGGAAUUGUACUUAACCGAAGCACCAGAAGUAUUUGAAAUCAGAGCUUUGGAUUCUCAAGGAAAUGAGUUUUCAUCAUUGGAAGGUGUUGAAUUUGAUUGGAGGAUUCAAACAAUGGGUAAAGUUAAGGAUGCUGAAAUCAUCCGAUGCUUGCCCUUCAGCGUUUAUGAUUAUGAGGCUCCGGAUGCGAUCACAGUAUUGGAGGCUCAAAAUAAGAAAGGAAGUAUGGCUGUUUUGGAAGGUGUUCAAACUGGAGCUGCAAAAGUGAUCGUAUCACUACCAUAUGCAGAAUAUGCUUCUUUGUCUCCUUUGGAAGUUCCAAUGACAGUUGCUGCUAAUAUCAUCUUACAACCCUCUGAAGUUUACCUGAUGGCUGGGGAUUAUAUACAAUAUACAGUUCAUAUAAUAAAAAGUGGUAAAAUGGAACAAAUACCACUGCCAAGUGAAAACCAACAAUACCAAAUAGAUACAAAAGAUUACAAGGUGGCUAAGGUAUCGAGAACACAUGGUCUGGUGUACGCCAUGGAUUUGGGAACUACGGAAGUUUUUUUAAUUGAUAAAAACCUUCCUUCUACUGAUGAUUCUCUUCUUAAACCUCCUUCCGCUGUCAUUCAUGUUGUUGUACCUUACCAUAUGACUCUCGCAGUACUACCUUAUAGGAAUUGGAAUGUUAUAAUUGGAGAAAAACAUGAGAUAAUAGCCGAGGUGUACACUAAAACAGAGUACAAACUGACCUUGGGUCUUGGAGUGCAGGUUGACAUGUUGGUGAGCAGCCAUUUUCAAGUAGAGGAAAAAUCAAAAAAUGGUACUUGGAUAAGUGGAUGGUGUGCGAAGAAAGGGGUUGCAAUUAUCGAUGCCACCCUUCAAACUGUCUCGAAUCCUGUUUAUGGCAGUUUCAAAAUGGAUAGACCCAUACAAACAAGAGGAGAAAUGAUGAUAUUCCCUAGAAUAAAAAUAACUCCACCAGAAGUGAUGCUUCCUUGGGACGAGAGUGUGAAGCCUAAAUUCGAUAUAGACCUAAUUGCAAAAGGAGGGGAUGGGAAGUACCUUUGGUCUACGAGCGAUCAUACGAGAGGCGUGGUUUCUCAACACGGACACGUCCGAACCUUGGGGGAUGGGUCAUUCGAAAUAUCCGCCGCUAUGAUGAGGAACCAUCACAAUCGAGAAACCGUGAAAUUCGGCAUCCUUCGACCUGCCAAACUCGAAAUAUUAGAUCAUCAUAUGGAAGCGGAGGUUGGUUACCCGAUCCACAUCCAUAUAGCUCUGUAUGCGGAUAAACCGUUAACCGAACUAGAGAGAGGUGUCUACAUACCGUUUACGAGAUGUCAAGAACUACCUUUCAGACUCAAGUUGUCCAAUGACCGAUUCAGACAGAACAGAUCGGAUAUAAUAGAACCGGUUGGUGUAUCUUGCGCCAAUAUGGCGUUGGUUGGUUUCUCUCACGGUUCCACCAAAGUGACAAUAUCUUACAUGGUGAAUGGUAAACUCCUCGAAGAUUCGGCGACCAUUUUCGCAUAUAAGCCCAUAAAACUCGAACAACCAACCGCCGACGUCGUUCUAGCUGUCGGUUCUUUAGGACGACUGGUUUUCACGGGCGGUCCCCAACCUGUUCUCUCAAAACCAAUGGAUCAUUACAGGGUUGUGACAACGUCUAACCCAGAAGUUGCCUCGGUUAAAGAUAUAACGAAUCCUCAUUCGAUGUUGAUAGAGGAUUUCACGGUGAUCAAAGUUAUCUGUUUGAAGUUGGGCGAAACCGAUUUACUGUUGAAGAUAAGUAACAGUCCGAUAAUGCCGAAUUGUGGCUCGUCCCCAGGCAGUGCCAGCGUAAAAAUUUACUGCAGUAAACCAAGAAGCAUUCAGUUGACACCGGAGAUUCAGGUAGUAGAUGUACAUACGUGUCCGCUAGAUAUUACCGCCGAAAAGGUCAUGGUUCAGAGCAACAGGGAUAUAGAGUUGGAUGUCAUUGUUCUGGAUCAUAUGGGAAGAAGAUUCUUGAACAUUUCGAGUUUUUUGUUUGACUGGAAAGUCGAUUCCAAGGCGGAGUUGGAUAGUACUGCUGUAUUUUUAAGGCCACAUACUUUUGGCAGUGUGCUUAUACCUCACAGGAGUUACCAAGUGGUCAAACCAAAGAUCGAUAAAGGAACGAUUGACGUAUCUGUAACGGUGAAAAGUUACAAUAUGUCUUACUUAGAACCACUUGGUAUCGUACCGGAAUGGCCGGAAUUCAUGACUCAAGACGAUCGAUUGAAUGACGCAUUACCGCCAAUCACCACCAAACUGCAAUUAACACUUGUUGAAGAUAUAACCUUGAGCCCCAAUGAGUCCACUUUAUAUAACAACCCUGGUAAUAAAGAAAUGAUUGACAUUCUUCACGGUUCAGGAUAUUAUCAAUUGCACUUGAGUUCGGACUCAAUUGCUAGAGUGAAAUAUCUAGAAAAAACUCAUCAAAUCGAGAUCGUUCCCGUGGAGACAGGAGAACUAAUAAUUCAAGUUGUCGAUUUGUGUUUACCUACAGCUCCUGUAACCGCCGUCAUCAAUAUUAUCGCAGUUGGUAUUAUACGGGUGGAAAUGUCGGAUAAAAUUGAGGUUGGAAAAUGCAUACAUUCCACAGUUAGGCUGUACGACGAGCAUGACAACCUUAUAAUGUUGGAAAGCAUCAAUAUCAUAGCUUUGAACUACAUGCAAACUAAAGAAAUAGUGACACUCCAGAGAUUGCUCUAUGACGACGGUGAAUCUUGGCCACCUGGCGAAGUGCAUUAUUUGGUGACCGGAAUAGAAGUUGGCAAAACCAAGCUGACGUUUUUGGUCAAUAAUGGAUUUUUGGAAGUACAAAGUGCUCCAGUCGAAAUGCAAGUGUUCGAGCCAUUAGAAAUAUACCCUAAGAAUGGGUCUCUACUGGUUGGUUCUUCAAUUCAAAUCACGACUAAAGGUGGUCCCAUACCGCAUCUUUCUUUGGAAUAUAUCGUGGAACCGGCAGAGUACGCUACCGUGAACAACAAAGGCAUAAUUACAGGAAAAGCAGUUGGCGAAAUUAAAAUUCAUUGUAAAUCUAUUGGAUUACACCCGACCACUGGUAAAAAGGUGGUUUAUUCAGAAGACAAAACAACGAUGAGGGUCAUCAUAUUGCCUUCAAUCAAAAUUGCCGCUCCCUUGAGUCGAUUCAAGGUUGGUGCUGAAGUUCCGCUAUGGAUAAGCGGCAUUCCGGAAAGUCUUUCCCCGAUGAUCCUAGGAACCGUAGAAGAUCCAUCGAUUCAGUUUGAUUGGUAUCUCGAAGAUCAGCAAAUUGCCAGGGUGGAGUACCAAUUUGAGGAAGUCGGCGUCCUAUAUAAAAAACAAGAUCGCAUUGCUGUAAAAUUAACUGGUCUCGUACCAGGGCGAACCAGAGUCAUAUUGAAUGCUACGCUACCUGGAAGUUCGACGGAGUUGGACGAAAAAAGCUUUGUCAUGUUUUCAUCCUUCAUGGAAAUUGAAGUUUUCGACGAUUUAAGAUUGAUAGUACCGAACAGAUUCGUCAAAUCUUGGAUUCUUAUCGCACCCAAUUCUCACACAAGAUUGGAAACCAAUUUUGAUGACACACCUAGUCUAUCUUAUAAAUUACAGGGUCAAUUUUCCAUGAAAGAAACAAUGUUGGAAAAAGAGAAGGAAAUGGUAGCAUUUAAUGGUAUCAUCGGUCUUUCUAAGAAGGGUGAUAUUGUCACUUAUGGUUCACUCGGUACAUCUGUUGUUAUCGUCUCAGCUAGAGAUGAGUAUGGAUUGAAACAGGAACUGCACAUAAUUGUUGAGGUAAAGGAAGUGCAUUACAUGAUGUUCGAAGUGAAAUCAGAUUGGUAUGCUCCCCCUGCCAGGAAUUUGAGAUAUUUACCGCUUGGUGUGGAGUUUGAACUACAAGCAGCCUACUUCGACAAUAUUGGAAACAGAUUUGAUGCAGGUCCUAUAAACGUUCAAAUACGUAAUAGUAGAUGCGAUUUGGUUCGUGUGAAAUCCGGAUCUACAAAUAGUUCAGUCCAUAUUUCCACCAAGAAAGUUGGUCACACUGUGCUGAAAAUGUGGGCGGAUGGAAUAAAAAAUACAGCUUUCUACGUGAAAUUGCAUGUUGAGUCAUGUAUGAAACCUUCCUUGAACCACUUGACCAGAGGUGAUAUAGUUUGUCUGUUCAGUCCUCUUGUGUCACGAGGCUACCAUGGUCACUGGUUAUCUAGCGAUAAGACCCUGGUAAGCUUCAUAGAUGGAGCUGAGGAUAUUGCAGUUGUUUCGGGCAACAGAGAGGGAAUGGUGGUUUUAACCAAUUCAUUGCAUCCUUCAGCACCUAGCCAUCUGCAAGUUCUGCCUGUGCGGGACAUCGUUCUAACACCCACAGAACAUGGAACGAUAAUCACGAACUCAGAUGUCAAUAUAGUUUUCCGAACCCAUGUUGUUUUACACAGUGAAUUGAGUGUUGAUGUUAAGUUUAGCAAUUUGAUUGCUGGGUUUCCUUGUCAUGAGCAAGUGAACAAAAUGAUCACAGACUUUCCAUUCUCUUGUCAUAUAGCGUUCACGAAUAGAUCAAAAACCAUUAAAGCAAACGACCUGUUCAAAGUGAGGAGCAUAUUUUUGCCUUCUUCAGGACAAUAUGCAUGUGAAGUGAUAAGUCUGAGAAAGAAUCAAUCUGAAGCUAGCAUUUUAGAAACAUCCGUUUAUAUAUUUGCAAUGAGUUUGGACGAUCCUGAUAUUGUUUCACACAAAUUGAAAGUUCCAUUUUUACCCGGAGUAUGGGCGCCACCAGAAAUCAAUUUGAACGAGAAUGGCAUUGGCCAAUUGAUUGUAACUGGUUUACCUAAAAUUCUCACUGAACUUAUGGUCUUCCCCUCAGAUUCCAGCAUAUUAUAUGUGAGUAACGCUAAAAUAGACGGAUACAGAGUUAUACACAAUAUUCAAGUUUUGGAUUACCAUUGGAGGCUUGCUGACGUUUCAGAUGCGAUGAGUAUUAUAAUUGUGUCCAGGCAGACUAAUCAGACUUUUCCUGUAUUGGUAAAGGUGAAACCAGGUUUCAGUAUGGGUGAAGCAUGUUUGACGAAACAAGCUCCAAUCAUGUCGUUUUUGCACAAAUACAGACAUAGUUUAGCCAUUAUUUCAUCGAUGCUAGUCAUAUUUUUCACUUCAUUCUAUGCAUAUUCGAGAUAUUUGCAGCCAGUUGUGAAUGUCAAUCUUGUGGAAGGACGUUCUAUGUCACCAGGUGCAGGUCGCGGUGCUAGUCCCCAGUGUGCAGCUAUUGGAAACUACUCCAUCAACAGUACUUUAGCUCAUCCUGCUAACUGUCCUUGUACACCUUGUGCAGGCCGCAACGAACCCGUCUACGGAGAUGUUAGUACAUUUUACAACACCAGCCCCGAAAUAAGAAGAAACCGUAGAUUCCUGUGAGUGUCAUCUCAAUGAGUUUGAAAAUAUCUUCCAUUCAAAAUGUGAACGAACCAAUAUAUUAUCUUGUUUGUGUUAUAUUGUGUUGUAUAUCCUGAAACUAUUAAAAGACAGUUUCUUCAAUUAUAGAAGGAACAUAAGGAAAUAAGAUGUAAUUCUGUUGUUCAGAAUCAAUACUUGCGCUACAAUGAGUUCAAGUACUGAGGUAAAUUUCAUAUUGGAAUGAUAAUGAGAUAUGUUGAUAACAAGCCAUGCUCAGAAUGUUUCAAUGUUUGCGGCUAACAAAUAAGCAUUUCAGAAAGUAAUUUCAGUUUGGACGAAUACUUCUGUUUGUGAAGGACUAUGUUGUGUGUACAUCAUAUUGACAUGAAAAUAUCACUACUCCAUACUAUUUUGCGAAUUUUAUGUAUAAUUAAUUUUUCUUAGAUAUAUAAUGCUUGAAUGUGUGAUUAUUUUUUUAAAUUAAUAUAAAAUAACGAACAA